AUGUUCCGUUUUUUAUUUUUCAUUUUUUGGAUAGGAUUAAGUGAGGAUAUAUUGAAGGCUUAGAUCGAGGACUACUUUUAAGGAAAUGAUAUUCUGGAAGAUGCGUUUAUUAAUGAUGAUUUAUACUAAUAGGAAUUAAUAUUUUAAGCAGGAGUGUUAUUGUUUGAGCAGAAUCCCUUAAUUGAAUAAAUGCUUGCAAUGGCAGAGACAAUAGGAGAUGGAACAAAUGAAUAGAUGCUUCUGUUGAUGAGCGAGGCUGAAAAUGAAAUUCCUGAUUAUGCUGAAUUGUAAUCACCAAUCAGUGAUACAAAAGUGUUUGAGUAACAUCAGAGACCAAAAAUAGAAUAAAUUGUAACUGAUGAACCUGAAUGGUUGGCAUAAACUGAAUUCUUUUUGGGUGCCCUAACAGUUUUCAUUGCAUUCCCUUUGCUCUUGAAUUCCGAGGCUAGGAAAUACAAACAUCAUAUGAUAUUAAAGGAUGUAGCAGAAUUGAAGAAUGAAAAUUAAUUGAUAAUAUUGCAAGGAUCCACAUUAACCACAGAAGAGUUCCUGAUUGAUUACUUAACAGGGAUUAAAGUUGAAAAUGCAAUUAGAUUUUAUAGAAAAGUGGAGGAGUUGGUAAUUAACAAUUAAGGAGAUCGCAAAUGGAUAGAAAGAGAAAGCGAAAUACAGUGGUAUGAUGACGAGGACAAUGAAGUGUAAUUAUCAAUGUGGAAAUCUCAGAUUCAAAAUAGUUAAUGUUUCCUAAAAGGUUAUUAAUUGAAUGAUAAUCAAAUUGAAAAGUUGAACAAUUGGCAGAAACUUAAACUUAAUCCAAAUCAUUAUCCAGAGUAUCAAAUAGACUAGAACAACAUUUACUUGGUUGGAAACACAACAUUAAGAAUUUCCUUUUGGUACAUUCCCACUCAAUUGCUUACUGUAGUUUGUAAAUCCUAUGGCAUUUAAUUGAACCCCAUAGAAAUCCAUAUUCCCAUUCUUGAAUCUACUUAGGGAUGCAGUAUGAGUUCGACAAGACAAGGUUGUUAAGAAUUGGUCUGUUAGAAGGUGUAUCAAUGGAUUGUGUGGAAUGAAUGGUCACAAGACGAGUAGAAUAUCGAUUAUGUAGAAGAGGGUUUGGUUUCAUUGGAAGAAAUAUUUGAAUCAAAAUUGACAUUCAAAUAGAGUGACCUGAAUAAAAUUAGAGUUCUGGCAUUUUUCUUAAUGUUCUUGGGAAUUUGGAUGUUCUUUUUGCCAAUCUAUUAGGUAUUAUCAUUGUUCCCAAUGUUUGGAUAGUUGGACAUAGGACCUUAUUUGGGCGGAAUAGUUGGGUUUAUAUUUGCAAGUGUGUUUUGGUUGAUUACAGUUGGAGUAUCAUAUUGCUUCUAUAACAAAAAAGUUGGAUUGACUCUUAUCUUUAUUGGAAUAUCAAUAUGCAUGAUACUUAUCGUAUGCACUCAUUUCGAUUACUAAAUUUAACCUAAAUCUUUUGUGGAGAUUUAGUAAAGAUGGUUUUCAUGA